AUGAAUAUUGAAAAUUAUAUUUCACCACCAGAAGCACCUAUAUUUUAUCCAACAUGUGAUGAAUUUAUUGAUCCACUUGAAUAUAUUGAAAAAAUUCGUCCGAUUGCAUCACGAUCUGGACUUUGUAAAAUAAUUCCGCCAAAGGAAUGGCAACCACCAUUUUGUAUUAAUCUUGAUGAAUUUCGUUUUACACCACGUAUACAACGUAUUAAUGAACUUGAAGCUGGUACACGAGGAAAAAUAAAAUUUUAUGAACGUUUAACAAAAUUAUUUGAGUCUCAAGGACUUAAAUUAAAAAUUCCAACAGUUGAAAAGGAAACUUUAGAUUUGGCAAAAUUACAUAAAAUUGUUAAAGAAGAAGGUGGAUAUGAUAUGUGUUGUUCACAAAAAAAAUGGGCUAAUGUUGCACGUAAAAUGAAUUUUCAUGAUACACAAACAAAUCGUGUUCUGAAACAACAUUAUGAAAAAUUAUUAUUAUCUUAUGAUGUUUAUGAAACAGGUAUUUAUGAAGAACAAACAGAUAUAUCAAGUCAAAAUGAUUUAAAAAAAGGAAAUAAUUCAAAAACAGUUGAAUCAAAUGGAACAAUGAAAAAUGGAAAUAAACGAAAAGAUAUUUCACCACCAUCAAUUACAAAUAAUGUUGAUCCGGUAAGAAAAUAA